UUCAGCUAGGUGCAGCCUGUUUGUGUGAGUGUGUGUGCGUGCGCGCGCGUGAGUGUGUGCGUGUGUAUGCGAGAGAGGGCGAGUGAGCGAGGAGAGAGCGAGAGCGAGAAGCAGAGCCGAACAGCGCGCCUGCUUCUGCUCCCGCUCCUGCCUGCGAGCUCGCACCUGGACAAGGACUGUCCCAGUGCAGCACGCCUGGAUAUCCCGGCCUGCGCCCGUCCUCUGACCCUGCCGAACCCUGAGCCCUUUCACGGGGGGGGUCCUCCCCUUCUCCUCUCCUCAAUGGCACCUCCAGUCUCCCUCUGCCGAUCGGAGGCUUGUGGGAUUUAACGUGUCGGAAGACGGCAUGAGGAGGACCAUCGUGGAAUUCUGAGUGCGACCAUAACGGAGUAGCUGAUCACGACGGGGGGGGAAUGAGGACCAAGGAGAGGCGGAGCUCACCCGACUGCGACCUUCUGACCUUCCUGCAGUGAGAAGGCGCUUCCCGUCGAUCGACAGCCUCGCUCUAGCUUCAGGCUGCAGUGGUUCAAUAACCUUGAGAAGCUUCCGUGCGCGUGUGCGCGGGUCCGUGCGGGCGUUUACAGAGAUCGCUCUUCUAAUCCUCCGCCCGGAAUCGCAGUCGGAACAGGCAGCAGAGUAAACGGAGUUCUCCACCGGGGGCGCGCCGACGGGAGCGCGCACACGGGCGUGCGCGAUGGGAGCGAGCCGCGGGACCGUCUGUUCUCAGUGAAGCAUCGGCGGCGGAGGACGGAUCUGCGGGAGCGAGCAGGAGCUGCCCAAGAAAUGGACCUCGGAUGAUAGUGCCGCUCGGAUUGCGGGACUCGCUGCGUGUCCGUGCGUGUUUCUGCGUGGGAGUGUCUGUGGGGCGCGUUGCGUGGGGAUGCUCGCGAUCGGCUGGAGGUAACAAGUAGGAUGGUGGCCGGGGAGGCGAGCGGACACAGCUACCUGGUGGCCUGCUGGCAGCCCAUCCUCAUCCUGAUGCUGGGCACGGUGCUGUCAGGCUCCGCCACAGGCUGUCCCUCCCGCUGUGAGUGCAAUGCCCAGGAACGCUCAGUGGUGUGCCACCGCAGGAAGCUCAUGGCGGUUCCUGAGGGCAUCCCAUCCGAAACACGACUGCUGGACCUCAGCAAAAACCGUAUCAAGACCAUCAAUCCAGACGAGUUUGUCAGCUUCCCCCAACUGGAAGAGCUGGAGCUGAACGAGAACACCAUCUCGGCCAUCGAGCCCGGGGCCUUCAACAACCUGUACGGCUUGAGGACGUUGGGCCUGCGCAGCAACAAGCUGAAGCUCAUCCCAUUAGGCGUCUUUACAGGCUUGAGCAACCUUACCCAUCUGGACAUCAGUGAAAACAAGAUUGUCAUCCUUCUGGACUACAUGUUCCAGGACCUCUAUAACCUGAGGUCCCUGGAGGUGGGUGACAAUGACCUAGUCUUUAUCUCCCAUCGCGCCUUCCAUGGCCUCAGCAGCUUGGAGCACCUUACACUGGAGAAGUGCAACCUAACCUUGGUACCCACCGAGGCCUUCACUCACCUCCACAGCCUGAUUUCCCUCAAGCUGCGGCACCUUAACAUCAACAGCAUCAGGGACUACUCCUUCAAGAGGUUGUACCGACUCAAAGUGCUGGAGAUAGCCAACUGGCCCUUUCUAGACACAAUGACCUCCAAUUCACUCUAUGGGCUCAACCUCACAUCGUUGACGAUCACUAACGGAAACCUGACAAGCAUUCCUUACGUGGCUCUUCGGCAUCUUGUAUAUUUGCGCUUCCUGAACCUGUCCUAUAAUCCCAUUGCCAUCAUAGAAGGUAACAAGCUCCAUGACUUGUUGAGACUUCAGGAAUUUCACCUAGUUGGAGGCAGGUUAAUUUCCAUUGAGCCCUACGCAUUCCGGGGUCUUAACUAUCUUAAAAUUCUCAACGUCUCCAGUAAUUUCCUGACUACCUUGGAAGAGUCUGUCUUUCACUCUGUGGGCAACCUGGAGACCCUAGCCCUGUACGACAAUCCGCUCGCCUGUGACUGCCGCCUAUUGUGGGUCUUCCGCCGCCGCUGGAGACUGAACUUCAACAAGCAGCAGCCUACCUGUGCCUCACCGGAAUUUGUGCAAGGCAAAGAGUUCAAGGAUUUCCCAGAUGUUCUCCAGCCCAACUACUUCACCUGCCGCAAGUCCAGGAUCAAAGAUCACAAGGCCCAGCAGAAAUUUGUGGAUGAAGGGACUACUGUUCACUUUGUGUGCCAGGCAGAUGGUGAUCCCACUCCGGCCAUCAUGUGGCUGUCCCCUCGGAAACAGUACAUCACUACCAAAACCAUUGGACGACUGACUGUGUUUCCCGAUGGCACCUUGGAGGUGCGCUAUGCUCAGAUCCAGGAUAACGGUACAUACGUGUGCAUCGCCAGCAACGCAGGGGGCAAUGACACUGUACUUGCUCACCUGCACGUACACAGCUACUCACCCGACUGGCCUCACCAGCCCAACAAAACUUUUGCCUUCAUCUCCAACCAGCCCAAUGAGAAUGGUGCCAAUGGGACCAGGGCCACAGCCCCAUUCCCAUUUGACAUAAAGACCUUGAUCAUCGCCACCACCAUGGGCUUUAUCUCAUUUCUGGGCGUCGUCCUGUUCUGCCUCGUGCUCCUUUUCCUGUGGAGCCGCGGAAAGGGCAACACGAAGCACAACAUCGAGAUUGAGUAUGUGCCCCGCAAAUCAGAUGCUGGUAUAAGCAGCACUGCUGCAGAUGCCCCCAGGAAGUUCAACAUGAAAAUGAUAUGAUGGACUAGUCAAUACAGGAAAGAAAAUGUGUCUCAAAAAAAAAGAAUGCGUAAAAAAUUUUUUUGUGAAUUUCCCCUUCUCUCCUACAAAGCUCCCCACUCCUGGAACGUUGAGAGAGACUGCUGGAAUUGCUCCUGACUUGUACGUUGGGGAGGGAUUCUCAUUGCUUUCAUUGCGUGUUGAAUUCAAGGGGAAAAAAAUCACAGCAGAUGCCUCUUCUCGAUGGCAAUUUCUGCUCGGCCUUCAGGGACCAUUACUUUGAAAGCAAACUUUGUUGUAAAGGACUCUGAUUCUUGUGGAUUUUUAUGGAAAAAAAAGUGGUUAAAAAAUAAAUAAACACUUCUAAAUGUUCUUAUCAUCAGCUGGAAUGCGAAAGGCAGAUCAUCUUUAUCCUUUGCUGUCCUUUUGCCUGUUUUUUCAUAUGUUGUUCUUUUUUAAUGAAAAUGGGAACAUGCUGUAUGCUUCGUUGAAACACUCCAAACAAUUAAAUAAUGGGUUGAUGAGCACAUUAUUAUGCAUCACCAUAUUGCAUGCAAACAUUCCCGACUCAUUUAUUUUACAUUAACAAGGAGUAAAUAAGUCAAGUGUUACACACAAAUACGUUCAUAAAGAAAUAAUAAAGUCAUUUAUAAAUGUAUCAUUAAAAACCAGACUUGACAAUCAUAAGGAACGCAAGGUUAAUUUUUGUAAUAUGGAUUAUUUAAAAAGUUAUUUUAAAUUAACUUUAUGCGUGCACUUUAUUUUCGGCCAAAGUGAAAGUCGAUUGAUAAGAGUUGCAGCAACUGAACAGUUAGUGUGGCUCUUCUCUUUUUGGGGAAGUCGUACCAUUGCAUAAAAUGGUACAACAAGGCCAUGCUGUUGUCCUAGAAUUCUUCUUCACGCCUUCAGUUUUUGUAUGAUGAAGCUGCAAUAGGUGACACCUGCACAUACAGCAACUCGAGUGAGCUAUUGUCAACUAAAUUAUGUAUGUUGUUCAAACACAACUCGUAUAAAGUCUUGGGCAGCUGUCUUCAGUCUUCAGCGGGGUAUGUGCGUGUGCGCAUGCGUGGCUGUAUGCAUUUUUAAAAAUUUUAAUGAUUAUGUUUAAGAGAGAGGUUGUAGCGAAAUACAAGCAUAAAUCUAAGUAACAUGUCAGAUCUAUCUGUAUGACAGCCUCUGAAAAGAUGGUUGAAAAAAACUGAAGAUGUGUCAGAAGAUGAUAUACGCUAGCAUAACCUACAAAUUGAAUAUGUAGGAUAAAACCAUGUUUUUUUUUCUUUCCGUAAAGUGUUGCUUGGCAACAUCAAAGAAUAUCCCAUCUCUCUUCUAAGCUCCACUGUGAUUGCCAGCCGACAUCAGAAGCACUUUUUCUUUUCUGACAUGGAGGUGUUCCAGCCCUUGUGCUGCUGCAAGGAGAACUAAUCUUGUUAGAUACCGUAUCGAAAUGUCUUGCUGGUUUCCUGCAAACCCCUUACGUGUUAUGCAACACAAUUACAACAAUACAGCGUUUGUCUAUCCAUUAUGCUUCACACAUGUCCAUUUGUCAAACAAAUGUUGUAGUUUCAAUAUUGCUCGAAAAAUAAUGUGUUCAUCAACCUUCAAAACCUUCCCAGUACAGAUCCUUGCAAAAAACAUCAGCUGAAAAGUCAGUUGAAUAGAUUUAAUUUCCUUAUUUUUUUACAUUAAGAAAUGAUUUUUCUCUAAGUGAACCACCCCUGAAGAAUAGCAGUUGUCUGUCCUUGUACCAUGUGUGGUCCUCGAAGUUUAAAGGUCGUCUUCGCCAGUGAUCGCAGCUACAUGAAGGGAGCCCUCAGCGUCUCGAGAGUUUGUUCCGUGGACGGUUGGUGGAGCACAUGCAAGCGCUGGCUCGACAUUGAUAACGGGUAACAUUAGAACCUGUGGCUUGAGCGAAAGGGCUGGAGGUGCAGGCUAGAAAGCGAUGACAUAGCCUGCAUCCUUCUCAGCAGCAGAUGGUUCGAGCCUUGACAGUACUAUAUAAAUAAGAUUCUUUUUUCUGAACCAUUGGAUACAACCCAUUCUGCUCUGUACUGAUUAAACAAAUUCCUAUUGUACUGCCUAGUGUCUAUUGUACUGCCCUCAACCCCACACCCCUGUCCCACCCACCAGUUUAAUUCCAAGACUCACUGCAAGUGUUUUUUUCUUUUAUUUUUUUAAUGUUUAC